AUUACCCAUCAGGCUGUUCGGUUCAAGGUUGGCGAGAGAAGCUCAGAGAGAAGAGACGAGCUUACAUUUGCUUUUUAAAGUUCACAGCUAGCGGUGCAACAUGCUUGGACAAGCCGUGCGCAGAUUCACCACCUCUGCUGUCCGCGCUUCUCAUUACGCUGAGGGACCUGGACAGAACCUGCCUUUCUCUGUAGAGAACAAGUGGAAAUUGCUGGGGAUGAUGGUGCUGUUCUUUGGCAGUGGCUUUACUUUUCCCUUCAUCAUAGUCAGGCACCAGAUCCUGAAGAAGUGAUGUGCUUGCUUGUCAAUGGUCAUUGUGAAUGUGUCCACAGCAGCAGCUCUCUUCAUUCUUCAGACUGGGUUCCCUUAAUGCUAAUUUGUAAAUAAAAUGAUAUAAUGUUA